GCGACUCCACACACUUUACAAUACAAAGCCAAUAUUGUCAAGGGAUCCCGUUGUCAAUCAUGGCCGAAUACGACCCGAAGAGACAGCCCGAGGCUGUAACCCAUCAGCUGCCGCUGCUGGCCGCUGACGGCUCAACCACGCCCGCCUCUCUCGAUGUGCCGGCUACCGAAUACGAAAUCGAGCUCCUAUUAACCUCCUACGAAGCCAGCCUGGUCGAGAAGUUUCGCCAAGAUAUCCGCGUCUGCGAAACCGACAUAGAGAAACUCGACAAGUGCAUACAGAAGCGGGAUGAGCUGCUUGAGGAGAACGACAAGCUGGUCCUCCGGCUGACCGCCUUCGAGCAUGUCAUGUCAAUUGAAUGCGUCUGGUAUAAAGGCAGGAAAGAGCGUAUACGCCAACCAGUAGGCCUGCUGAAGGGGACGAAGGAGAACGGUGCGGAAAAGUGGGACCGAUUCGUGGGCGUUGCCAAAGUCGGAUUGGACACCAUAUCGAAGUUGCUCCCGCCCCUUAAGGUAAUUAGCUUACAGUGGGGUAAGGAUUUCGUUCAACAUUACCAGCUGGCCAGCAAAGGGCAGUUUUACUGCAACAAAUUCUCAGCAGCUGUAAAACUAUACAGCCGCGAGAACGCCAUACGGAAGCUGAACCAACUGCUACUUCGACGAUUUCGGAUGCCCGGGCGUCGCGAUAUCAAAGCAGGGGUAAACCCCAUCGAGCCGGUGGACCUCCAAAACUUGGUGAACUGGAGGGGUGAAGGCCCGUUUGUUAAACGAAAUGACCCUAAUGGAAUUCAGCUGCUGUUUGCGGACCUCACUCACGACGAUCUUCCUACCGGCUUCGUUUUUGACCAAUUUGGGCUUCUGGUCCGGUGCCCGUCCGACCGUUGGGAAGAAGAAGCUGGCUCUACAGACUCGGGUUUUGACACUGCCGUCGAGGAGAUUGUCGAUGCGAACCCGGGAGAGGGGGAAACUGGUGGGCUGUUCGCCGCCGUCAACCGAAACAGCGAGGACGCCGGCCUCCCAGAUCUGCCCGACGACCUUGCCUAUAACGCUUCCUCCCUCCUGUCAACGCCUCUGAGCUCGCCUCCAGAUUCUCCUUCCAUCGAAGCCCUGUCUAGGGCCUCUAUGCCAAGACGAAACGACACGGCCUCGCCCAAUGAUGGCAACGCUAACGACGACUCGCAACCUAUCUCGAAUUCCGCAGCAACCGCACGGCUCCGUCCGCGGAGAAAAAAACCAGACUACCACGAAAAUCCACAAAGAAUCCAAAAACCAACAAAUUAUCAGCUUAGGUCACUUCCCACAACGGAUCUUGGUAAAAAGCGAUGCUGUCCACCCGAAAUACCGCCAAUGCUGCUGGUAGUUCUGGACAGGCUCGAUGCCCACGCAGUCAGGCGGUUGCUAUUUACAUCUACGUUACCUGACGUUCCCUUUCAGGCUAUGUGCUACGCACAUCUCAAGAAGUUCGUGAAAGCGGUAAUCAGUACGGAGCCCUCUGAAUGGCUGCUAGGGGCUGAGAACGAUCUCUACCCAACUAGCCCCGACAAAGACCCCUACCCCCGACGGCGCCGUGCAUCACUCCCUGACCUCGCCGACAGCCCCCCCCUAAAAAGGCUGCGGCUUGAUGACCCGGUGCCAGUUCGGAGCUCUCCGUCCGCUCCAAGGCAAGAACAGCCCUUAGGGUAUGAACCAAUUCGCGAUGUUGCCUACCGCCGGCAGGCGCUCGAGGAAUUGCAAUCGACAGGGCACGAGAAGGGCUCUUGGGGUAAGCGGACAAACGAGUUGGUCUUUCAAAUCCUACGCAAGAGCAAGCUACCAACAGAUGGGGAAGCAUACUUUCUAUAUGGAGAAGAAGCAGCCCGAAAAGUCGAGUUCGGGCUAGUUAGUAUGCCUAUCUUCACGCAACGUCAGCAACGGUAUCAGUGGGUGGGGAACGAUCGCCCGGUUUCGCAGUUUUUCCGCCGCAUAGAAGAUCUUGGCCUUGAUCGGGCCGUAUCGGUUCAGGUACCCUCUCGUACUCUACGAGGAGACUCUUAUCAGAGAAAAACACUUUUGGAAGUUCGAGACCGGUUCCUCGCACAGCGCCCGACAAAUAACCCCUGGAACCUUCUUGAUCUUCAGAGCCCGUUACCUUCAGCCCUACCAUCCUUUCUAGAAGGAGAGAAUUGCCAGCUUCUUCUCCAAGUACGUGAUGCGAUUCUGAUGGGUGGCAGUGCCGAAAGAGUAGUAGCACCUGGGCAAGAUUGGAAUACAUGGCGUAAUGUGAUUGACUGGGCACUCCUAUCUGAGGGAGGACACAGUACAGCACCGCAUAUGGACAGCCAUGGCUACUCAACCUGGAUUACGGCUCAGGAGGGGUGCAUCGGCUUCGGAUGGAUGUCCCACCCAAGCCAGCAGGAAGAAGAGGCAUGGAUGUCCAAUCCGUAUAGCUGUACCGAUGGAGAAUGGAAAUACGUCGUCCUCUCGCCAGGGCAGACGGUAUUUUUCCCGUCCGGUACAAUCCACUUUGUUUUCAGAAUACGGGGAGCACAGACAUUUGCACUAGGUGGCCAUAUACUUCAAUGGUCUGGUAUUAACCAAUGGCUCCGAGUGGUUAUCGCUCAAAUCCGAAACCCAGAUAUCACGAACGAAGAUAUAGGGUUGAGUGCGUCAAAGUACGUCCACAUCAUCGAAAGACUCCUGAUGAAUCGGGUCCGGGCGGGUAGGGAGGAGGAGGUAGGCGGUCAAGAUGCGAUUGUCAGGUACUCCUCCUUGUGUAAGGCAUGUUUGUCUGUUAUUCCGUCUGCGAAGGAUAAUCUAACGAUGGUUUAGGAGUUUGAGGCCGCUGCUACGGCACGCUUGCAUGCGGCAGAUUGAAGACCUUAACGGCGGAUGGCUGAAUUCUCUGCGCACGCGCAUUGCCUUGCAUCUCCAUGGAGACAUCAAAACGAUUUGAGGAAGUGAUUUGCGGGGAAUGCACACCUACCGAGCCCCUAUGGUGGACGCCCUACUGUUACAGCUUACACCCAAACGGGUCGGACUGCAAGGUAGGACGCCUGGGGUAUUGACAGUGCGGAACAAAGGUUGACACAAGGUCCGGACAGUAUGGCCACUGUCACUACAAGUCUAAGAGACCGCGGGAACACGAAACACGGUUGUACAAUGGCCAUCGAUAGUAAAUAAGGCCCAGCUAUCUCCUAAUAUUUCUGUCACAAUAUUGGGAUUAGUGAGCAAGAAAGAUCUAGAAGCUGCUAUGUGAUUCUUCGCCACCAGCUUUUGCCAC